AUGCUGGGCUCGCCAACCGACUCGUCCACCUCCUCCUACACCGACAGCCCCGUCUCCCAGCACCCGCCCGUCCAUGUCUGGCCAGCAGCACCCCGGGUCCGUCGCGUUCCCGAGCCCGUGAAAACCCCCCGGUUCUACUCCACCCCGCUGGACAAGGACGCUCCGGACUCGACCCCCCUGCAGCGCUACGGCCUCGAGGAGCGCGAGCCCUCCAUCUGCGAGCGCCCCAAGCUGCUGCACCGCUUCUCCCACGCCCUCGACGACAUCAAGGAGGACUUCACCCUGCCCGCCGAGCGGCUCCGCGCCUCCCGCCGUCUUUCCACCCUCAUCCUGCCCGACGCCGCCGCCCUACAGCAGCCGCCGCGCACCAGUCCCAGUGCCUCGACCACCUCCCUGCCCGUCCCCAUGGAGAGGGCCCCGCCGCGCACCAGCUCCUCGCGCAGCUUCCUGGCCGUCGAGGCUCCAGCCCGCCGUCUGAGCCGCCGCCUAUCCUCGUCGCUGAGCUUUUCGGCCAAGAAGAAGUUUUUCCGCGAGUCCCGCGGCGCCAGCAUCUCCCAGCCCAAUCUGAUCGGGUCGUCCACGCAGAUCUGGGUGUUCGGGUGUCGGCCGCUGCAGGCAAUCCGCCCCGAUCGCAGCCUAGUAUCUUCCUGGUUAGGCGUGGGCAGCGGACAUCACGACCGGCGCCGCCACAUGCACCCCGUGGUGCACCCUCGGCUCGCCGCGCAGCGAAUCAGCGCCGCACCCCGGCUUAUCAGCGAGACUUGGCUCGCGUCUAAGCAGGGGCUAUAUCUUGCUACUCUAGUCUACACGGAGGCCGUCCCGUGUGGCCACCUGGUCUGA